GCGGUGGAGUCUCCGCCGCUCACGCUGCCCGCCGCUGCUCCGUUCCCCGGCCGCGCUGCCCCGCAACGCACGUCUCGGGCGGCUCCGGGCGCGGCGCGGCUACCCAGCCGCUCGAGCUCCCGCGGGCUAGCGGCUCAUGCGCGGGGCUGCGGGGCGCGCAGGUGGGCCGGCGGCCGCUGGGAGAUAGGCCCCCGGGGGCAGCGGUGCACCAUGGCGCGGAGACCCGGCGCGCCGGCCGCCUACGGGGAGGAGUUCUCCUUCGUCAGCCCGCUAGUGAAAUAUCUGCUCUUCUUCUUCAACAUGCUCUUCUGGGUGAUUUCCAUGGUAAUGGUGGCUGUGGGUGUCUAUGCCCGCCUGAUGAAACAUGCAGAAGCAGCCUUAGCCUGCCUGGCAGUGGACCCUGCCAUCCUGCUCAUCGUGGUGGGUGUUCUCAUGUUCCUCCUCACCUUUUGCGGCUGCAUUGGAUCCCUCCGAGAGAACAUCUGCCUUCUACAGACAUUCUCCCUCUGCCUCACCAUCGUGUUUCUGCUGCAGCUGGCGGCUGGUGUCCUGGGCUUUGUCUUCUCAGACAAGGCUCGGGGGAAAGUGAGUGAAAUCAUCAACAAUGCUAUUGUACACUAUCGGGAUGACUUGGAUCUGCAGAACCUCAUUGACUUUGGCCAGAAAAAGUUCAGCUGUUGUGGAGGGAUUUCCUACAAAGACUGGUCUCAGAAUAUGUACUUCAACUGCUCGGAAGACAACCCUAGCCGCGAGCGAUGUUCUGUGCCUUAUUCCUGUUGCUUGCCUACCCCCAACCAGGCCGUGAUCAACACUAUGUGUGGCCAAGGUAUGCAGGCUCUUGACUACUUGGAAGCUAGUAAAGUCAUCUACACUAACGGCUGUAUUGACAAGUUGGUCAACUGGAUACACAGCAACCUAUUCCUACUUGGUGGUGUGGCACUAGGCCUGGCCAUCCCCCAGCUGGUGGGAAUCCUGCUGUCCCAGGUCCUUGUGAACCAAAUAAAAGAUCAGAUCAAGCUACAGCUCUACAAUCAGCAGCACCGGGCUGACCCAUGGUACUGAGAAUCCUUCCUGCACCUCCUGAUCAUGGUGACAGGCAGACUUCAUGAACCAACAACAGAGGGUGCUGAGAACAGCAUCAAACGGAGAUUUGGAUUCCAGCCCCCCAGCAAUGAGGGCCCAGUGGAAAGAAGCAACCUCCAGAAGACAGGGCACACUGGUGGCCCGGCUCUCAGAAGGAUGUGCCUCAUCUCCCCCAUCCUAGCCCUCAGCAUUGUUAGAGAAUUCUUUUGUACUGUUUCUAACCUUAAGCAUUUGGCUUUCUGUUUUUAAGCUUUGUUUGGGCAGGAAUGUUUGGGAAACAGCAGUGGUACAGAGGGCUGUGGGGAGACUAGCUGAAGCUUUUUCAUGGAGAUACGACAGCUCUGUUGGGACUGUUACUGACCUUGGUAGACAUACUUAAGAGUCUGCUGCCAGGGAGACCUGGCUGUGGAAAGCAGACACUAGCAGCUCUGCCUGGAGUCCAGUUGGUGUUAUACCAGCCCCAGGAGAGAAUAGAGUGGAGCAGGCUGAGGGGAGUGAGUCUGGGGUGGGGGUGGGGAUCAUCUGGGGACAGCUGGGAUAGGAGUAGAAGGGGAUAUGUUUACCAAAUGCUUGCCUUUGCCAUCCUCCCAGGUAGUCACCCCUGAGCUACAGCCUGCUCCUCCUUCAUUUCCAUGGAAACAUGGCAGCAAGGGCAAGAGCAGCCAAAUUCAUUCCCACCCCUUUCAAAGAAAGGUUUGGAGCCAUGUCCCUAUAUUCUGCAAUCAGCAGAAGCAGGACUGAGCCAUACAUGCCCUCUGGCCCUCCUCCUCCAGCAAAUGGGGUUUUCUUUAACUUGCUUAGCAAUGUGCUGAGAAGUGGCAACACUCCCCACCCCCAUCCUCCUGCACCAGAAGCCAGUGUUUCUACAGUAUAAGAAUCAGGAAUCUGGCUGGGGAUCGGGGUAGCUAGAAGUGGCAAUAAAAAGUGUGUUGACCUGGGCUAAGCUGUCCUCCAUCAAUUUUCCAUUCCGGCAACAGGAAGCGUUGAAGGCUCCAGCCUGUGGGGCCCUGCCUCCAAGAGGAGACUUGAAACCCACAAUACCGCCCUGGGCCCACAUGCCCCACCUACCUCAGAGUUGGGUCUAAAUUGGAUAGAAAGAUUUCAGGUGCUGAUCUGGAACUGGUGUCAUUUUAUCCAAAAUCCUGACAUUAGUGUUUGUUUUUGUUUUCAGUUGAAUUACAAUAGACUGAAAUUUUUGGGAUGGGGUGGGGAGGAAAGGCUAGAGCACUUGUCCAAUGGGUAGGGAGGGAGAUGAAGAAGAAGGCCCUCUCUUCCUGCCAGUCCUUGGACCAUCCUCCAUCUUUAUCUUGUGGGGCUGGGUACCACCGCCCAGCCUUGCCUAAGGGAGGACAGCAAACCCUGGGAGCAGUGCGUGGGAGUAGAGUGCAAGGGCAGGGCGCUGGGCGGGCCGCCCGGCUUCGUGGGUGGUCCCCCUGCUCUGCAGCCUGGCUGGCGACCCAUCGAGUGUCCCCUGCGGUCUUCUCGCAGACCCCCACAUCCUGGGGCUCGGAUUGGGGGGCUUUGACCUGGCCCGGGAAAUUUGAAGAGAAUCCCUUCAGUUCUAGGAAACAAGCGAGGCGGGUGCCUCCCGCCCCCAGGGUUUAGUCUGCUGGCCUUCUGCUCCUGCAAGGGCGCCUUUCCAGCAGGCGCCUGGGGCCUCCGCCAAUGUUUAGCUCCAGCUCUUAACAACGGAAAAAAGAAAUAAAAUCAUCACGAAUAUAAAAUUAAGAGCAAAGGCUUUUUAUUCCGGGAGAGAAGGGUGAGGAAAAAAAGCAGUUUCUUGGUAAGGUGCCAUUCUUUCGUAGUGCCAAAAACAUGUAGUUUAUCCUUUUCCUUCUUUCGGUGAACAAGGACUCAGAAUAUCAAUCUUGAGUUAGGGGUUGGGAUGGCGCACGUUUCCCUGUACUUCGGCUUUGAGAAGCUCAAUGGGUUUCGUUUAUCGGCUCUUGAAAGAGGCCUAGAAUUGUGGUCCUUGGAAACGCCAUCAAAUGCAAAUUUUUUAAACUCCUUAUUUCUUUUUACAGGCGUCUCUUGUUCUGGGUACCUAGCUUUCUGGGCCUGAACUAAAGGUCCCAGAUUUCUGCCUAUGCCCCAGGCCCCAUGCUUUAAAACUCAUUGAAUAAACGUUCUGAAACAGCUCAAUGUUUCAAGCUAA